AUGUCCUUCUCCAACCUCGACCUCGUAAACGAAUGCGACUCCUUCCCAUACUAUCAAACCAACCCCUCCCUCUACGCCGCCAGCCUCUCCACCUACUACUCCCUCCGCGUCCACGGCCACGACUACCCCCUCGGCUACCUCCUCCCCUCCGUCGCCCAAGUCUUCCACAACGUCCCGCACUGGGACCUCGACUCCACGCAACGCACCCUCACCCUCAUCGCCGGCCACAACGCCGACGAGCGCUCCGAAGCCGUCCGACAAACCCUCCUCGCGCUCCGAAAAACGGGCCACUUCAAAGUCCUGGAGAAAUGGCGAGACGAGCUGUACGCCGUUUACGGGCGGAACAAGGAACUGCUGUUCCGCGUCGAGCGGAGCGCGAGUCCGUUGUUGGGCGUUGUGACGUACGGCGUGCAUAUGACUGCGUAUGUGAGAGUGCCAGAGGAGGAAGGGGGAAUGAAGAUUUGGAUCCCGCGCAGGGCCAAGACGAAACAGACGUAUGGCGGCAUGUUGGAUAAUGCCGUCGCGGGGGGCAUGGCGAGCGGAGAGACGCCCUUGGAGUGUCUGGUUCGCGAAUGCGCCGAGGAGGCGUCACUGCCUGAGGAUGUGGUGCGCGCGAGGGUGAAGGCUGCGGGCACCGUCACGUAUUUCUAUAUUCGGACGGAGAAGGCGGGUGGGGAGACGGGGCUUAUGCAGCCCGAGUGUCAGUAUGUGUAUGAUAUAGAGUUGCCCGUGGAUGUGGUGCCGAGGCCUGGGGAUGACGAGGUGGAGGAGUUUUAUCUGUGGAGUGUGGAGGAGGUGAAGGCGGCGUUGGCGAGGGGUGAGUUUAAGCCGAAUUGUGCGCUGGUGAUGCUGGAUUUUUUCGUGAGGCAUGGGGUGUUGACCGCUGAGAAUGAGGAGGAUUAUAUUGAGAUUGUGGCGAGGUGUCAUAGGAAGUUGGAGUUUCCUACGCUGUAG